UCAGGUUCCAUAUAUCUCAUGAUUGCACGCAAAUCAGGUAAGGGUUUAACCUCAGAAAUAUCAUAUUCAGAUCAAAGCUGGAAAACAUCUCCAGCAUCCCCAAUCUGAAUCAAGUCGAAUCAGCUUUGGUUGCAAGUCAUCAAAUCUUAACAUCCGUAUCCUAUCUUUUUAAAGGAUUAUAAUAACCCCAAGUUCAUUAUAAGAUCUAAGUGGCUGCUACAUCAUACUUAAUAGCCACCAAUCAUUAUGACCACACAUAUACCAUGCCUCACUCUUCCGUCCGCUGUUUUCAACAAUGCAGCUGCCUCGAUCCUGCUUCCACUGGGAUGCGGCAAUGCCGUUGGAUACCUCACUAGACCCCGUGAAGGUCACUUUUAUCCCAAGAUCAAGCAGCCUCUAGGCAAUCCCCCCGCAUGGGUCUUCGCCCCCGUCUGGACAGCUCUUUAUGCCACAAUGGGAUAUGCUGCUCAUCGCGCCUGGACCACAGGGACGUCGUCCAUAACCCCUAGGAAAGUUGCUCUCGCAAGGCAAGGUGGCACCUUGUACACCAUCCAACUGGGUUUGAACCUUCUUUGGAUGCCUCUAUUCUUUGGGCUCGGCAAACCGCUGGAGGCUACAGUGGAUAUCGUGGCACUCCUGGGUGUGACCAGCUACUUGACGUAUAUCUGGUCCAAGGUGGACAAGGUCUCGGCCUGGUUGAUGGUCCCAUAUCUCGGGUGGCUAUCCUAUGCAACAUAUCUCAGCGCUGGAUGUGGCCAUCUCAAUGGAUGGUCCUUCAAGCAAUAUAUGAACAAGCCCAAGCCAUCCUAAAAUUGGGUGUGAAUAGCUUGUUUCAUGGGCUCCAAUUCACCUGUUGUUUUGAGCACUGUGAAGAGCUUUAGAAGAGCUGUAUGAGUACAGUAUCUGUCCCAGGCUCAGGAGUUCGUGAGGAAUUGAGGAUCUUCGAAUGAGCGGUGAAAUUGUAGAGACCUGGAUCACUCCACGCCCUCCCAUGGCUUGAUGUUCGGUACCACAUUAUCGGAGCUCUUUGUUGGCUACCGGCAGUGUUGAUGCAAAGUUUUACAAAAGAAUCUUAAUUUAAACUUAAUAAGACGUCAAUGUAUAUUUAGUCCCAAUUAACUACGAUACC